GAUGUGGGCAUUCAAGUUGCUGCUGCUGCCCAUGUUGAGCGUUGCCCUGUAUCCUGAGGAAAUGCUGGAUACCCAGUGGGAGCUAUGGAAGAAGACCCACAGGAAGCAGUAUGGCAGCAAGGUGGAUGAAAUCUCUCGGCGUUUAAUUUGGGAAAAAAACCUGAAGCAUAUUUCUGUCCAUAACCUUGAGGCCUCUCUUGGUGUCCACACAUAUGAACUGGCCAUGAAUCACUUGGGAGACAUGACCAGUGAAGAAGUGGUUCAGAAGAUGACAGGACUCAAAUUACCACCCUCUCACUCUCACAGUAAUGACACUCUCUACGUCCCAGAGUGGGAAGGCAGAGCCCCAGAUGCCAUCGACUAUCGAAAGAAAGGAUAUGUCACUCCAGUUAAAAACCAGGGUGAGUGUGGUUCCUGUUGGGCUUUCAGCUCUGCGGGUGCCCUAGAGGGCCAACUCAAGAAGAAGACUGGCAAACUCUUAAAUCUCAGUCCUCAGAAUCUUGUGGAUUGUGUGUCUGAGAAUUAUGGCUGUGGAGGCGGCUAUAUGACCACUGCCUUCCGGUAUGUGCAGACAAACGGGGGCAUUGACUCUGAAGACGCUUACCCGUAUGUGGGGCAGGAUCAAAGUUGUAUGUACAACCCAACAGCAAAGGCAGCUAAAUGCAGAGGGUACAGAGAGAUCCCUGUGGGUGAUGAGAAAGCCCUGAAGAGAGCCGUGGCUCGGGUGGGACCGAUCUCUGUGUCAAUUGAUGCAAGCUUGACAUCUUUCCAGUUUUACAGCAGAGGUGUGUACUACGAUGAAAAUUGCGACCGUGACAAUGUGAACCAUGCUGUUUUGGUGGUGGGCUAUGGCGUCCAGAAGGGAAGCAAGCACUGGAUAAUUAAAAACAGCUGGGGAGAAAGCUGGGGAAACAAAGGAUAUGUUCUCUUGGCUCGGAACAGAAACAACGCAUGUGGCAUUACCACCCUGGCCAGCUUCCCCAAGAUGUGACUCCAGCCAGCCCAUCUGUUCUGUGCUCCCAUCCCUUCUCCGAUGGUGCCAUUCAAGGAU